AUGCCAAGUGCCUCUAGAGAAAGUGCUCCAGCUCCAGACUUUGAAAGUAAAGGAGCGAUCCCUAAAACUACAAUCGGAAAAACAAGAUUGAAAGUACAACAGGGUCCAAGUAGCAUUGAUCCUUCUUCUUAUUCUCCAGACGAUGAAGCGGUGAGAUAUUGCCACUGUAACCAACAAUCUUACGGAGAAAUGAUUAUGUGUGAUAAUAGACUUUGUCCAAUGCAGUGGUUCCAUUUCCUCUGUGUGGGGAUAGAGAGCGCACCAAAAGGAAACUGGUUCUGCGAACUAUGCCGUAAAGACGAAAGUCGUUCGCACCUUAUGAAAACGCUGGAUGAAUUUGAUGUGGCAUUGAAGAAGUGGGACGAUAAAAGAAAAUAUAAAGAAUGA